GUGGCCAUCUAGGUUACAAGAGAUAUCAGUUAAAUUAUUCAUACACAAAUUAAACGGCAUUCAUGCAAUUAAACCGACAAGAAUCUAGCCAUACAUCAUGAUUAACCCCUUCAUCAACCCCAAAUCCCUAAUUAAACUACUCACGCCUCAUAAUUGACGAAUCAAAAGAAUUGGGAUGAAUAGAAAUAAUUGUCAUUAAUUAAAGAAUUGAACUUGCAAAGAAUCCCAGGUUCUUGGAUUAAACAACGUAAAAACGCAGGUAAAACUCGUCCCUAGGCCUCUCUCCAAAGUUCGUAACCCUCAAAAGUGGGUAUGGAGGCCUUAUUUAUAGAAAACAAUGAAUUUGGGUCGAAUUAGGACAAAUCGCGGCCAGGCAUGGUGCCAGGCACGGCCGUGCCUGCGACUGUGCCUGCGGAACAUGCGCGUUUAAAAAAUGCAGACACGAUCGUGCCUGCACCGGACACGAUCGUGUCUGGCUGCCAGUAGCUCCGCGUCAAUUCAGAUGGCAGGCACGAUCGUGCCUGCCCUAGGCACGGCCGUGCCUGACCAUUUCUUCAUCGUUUUUCUUCGUUUCUCGUUCCGAAUGCUCCCGAAUGCCUACGAGGUCGAUCCAAAUGCUCUUUCUUCACCAGAAUUUCGUCGUGAAUCUCCCGGUGGCCUCCAAAUCUUCCAAAUCUCUCUCGAAUGCCUUCAAAUCCUUCCCGAAUGUCUCUCAAGCGCCGAUUGCCGGAUUCUAACUUCUUCAAAUCAACUCCAAAUGCAAUGAAACUCGAUCCAACGCCUGUAAAACACAACUUGAGCCAAAAUUGAGACUUGCAACGCCUUGAAGCCAGGAAAAUCAUCAAAAUCCGACCCGAACACGCAUCAAAUGCGUGUCUAAAUACGGACUUAUCAGACUCCCCCACACUUAAGCUUUUGCUUGUCCUCAAGCAAAUCGAACAACGGGACUUACGAUAAUCACCACACGGAAUUUAAAAUAGUUAGCGUACACACGUAGUUAACAGGAUAUUCACAGGACAGACAAUUUAAAUCAAGAAAAUUCUUCCCUAAACUACACCUUUGUACUCAAGCUAAACUAUUUGACACAAUUAUUCACAACAUCCUCAAAGUAAUGACAGCAUACACAAAUAAGCUAGCUACUGAUCAGAAGGACUUGUGAAUGUGAUGGUGAAUGGAUAAUAAUGAUAGUAGUCCCUUUAUUUUUAGAGAUAGGAAUAUCCUAACAAAGACUUAAUGUAUUUAGGAACUUCAGGGUUAUUCUUAGGGACAGGGAACUCAGUAGGCCACAAAUUAGGAACAAUCAUUUAAACCUAUGCAAAGAGUAGACAUGGUGUACAACUAAGCUAAACCGUCUCGGCACAUUUGUGCUUUAACGUAUACUUGAAGUACGCGGAGGACUAUAGCUAAUUUUUCAAUAGCCUCCAAGUUCAUUAAUUUAGUUUAGUUUUCCUUGUCAUGUUGGCACGAGAACGCCGUUUCUUUAGAAAGAUACCCAAGUCUCAUCUUACGCUUUUUGACCGGGGCUCCCAUUCUCUUUUUCGCAAAGUAAGAGGUCUAGCUAUAUUAAUUUUUCACCUUUCGGAUUCUCACUAGACAUUACCCCAUUCUAAUCUCGGCCUCACCAAGGAAAAAUAGCAAUUUAAGCUCAUUAAUUUCAAAGUGAAUCCAUGCCUACAAUGCAAUCCUCAAAAGUAUCAUAUUCCUAAAAAGUGACUGCUCUUACCCCAUUUGGGGCAUAGGAACAGUGCCAAAAAUGGCUCCUACACACAAUUCCCUAAACUUAACAAAUUACUUCCUUAAUUCCCUAAACAUCAAAACUAAGUCAAAAAUAUUCACGGGUAAGGAAACAGGCCAUUUGGCUAUGGAGCUUAAUUAAUUGGGUAAUAAAGAACGGUCAGGCUCAAAAUGGCUUCUCCUAAAGGGUUCUUUCAGGUGGGGGUGGAUGAUUAAUGGAAAAUUCAAUGGGUGACUAAUGCCUUCAUCCUCUCAACACUAGAUUAUAGUGCAAGCAAUUUAAGCCUAAACACUUCAAAGAUGUUCUAAAAGCAUAGUCAAAACGCUAGCCAGCUCACAAAGACACAGUUUUAAAGAAACAUUUUCAAAAAUUUUGACAUGAAUUUCCUAUGAAUAUACAACUAACACCUGCGCAUGCUAACUCUAAUAAAUCUCAUGUAACAACUACUGCCCGAAUGCCCAAUUCACUCCCCCACACUUAAACUUUGGCAUCGUCCUCGAUGACCAAAUAUGCAUUAUGUACUAGGGGUAAAGAGGAAAGGGUCACGCGUUCUCAAAAACAACUCAAGUUAACAUUACGCAUCGAGUUCAAAGAAUCAUGGAAACUCCCCUAUCGCGUUGGUCAGUCAGGAACAGAACUGGGUCUUGAUUCGCACGAACACAUUCAUCCACUAAGCUGCAACAAAUCAUGAACACAAAGCAAAACACAAAAUAAAGAGUUAAGUGUAAGAGUGGGAGGUUAUAUAUAGGAAAAUGUGAUCUAAGAGGUUAUAUAUAGGAAAAUGUGAGUCGGACCACGAAUAUAUAUGGAUCUAAUAGGCCCAACUACAUGAUAUACAAUUAUACAUCAUAAAAGAGCAUAUGCAUGUGCCGCGGCCGGUCGCCACAAUCAGUCUUCCUCCUUCCCAUCGGAAUCUCACAGACGGUCGGUCAUUCUCCAACAUUCUCCAUUGCAAAAACCACAAGCGCAGAAACCAUCUAAUCCAUUCCAAUGGCUUCAAUUAACUUCAAUCCUUUCAAUAAUAUCGGGUUCAAUAAACCUCCAAACCCUAUUAAAUUCAUCGAUUUCCACACCCUUAUUGAUUCUGUAAACUUAUGCAACCAGCAAUCAAAGAAUUCUCCUUUUGCCGCUAUCUCAUUCGGCCUGUUUUUUUUUCUGGAAAGCCUAAGAAGGACGAACCUCCGGGGAAGUGCCAUCACAUGCUUGACCAGUUCUACUGGGAGUGCGAGAACCUGCUGGACUACCGGCACUCGCCGGAAGUAGAGAAGAUUCUUAAGGAAGACCCGGUUUUCGAGAAGAAGGAGAACCCGACCGAAGAAGAGAUUGGGGAGAAUGAGAAAUGGUUAACCGAAUUGAUGGAAAGCCCGGUUGUGCAGUUCUUGGCCCGCGCUAAAGAGAUUGGAGAUCAGCUUAAUGAGGAUGCACUCAAAGAUAAUUUAGCUCCUUAUAAGAAUGAAGACAAGAAAUUGUGGGAGGCACUCCCUAAUGUGCUUGGAUUGGAUGGAAGGCCUAUGCCUAGGAAAUCAAUAAAAACAAAAGAAGAGUCAGAUGAUAAGUUUUGGGAUUUCGCGCAACAAUUCUUUUUUGGGCUAUGGGGGUUUCGACAAAGGCCCAUUGACUGUAACACCCCCAAAUUUU